AUGGAAUCAUACGAAGGCACGCCCUUAUACCACCCCCUCGAUACCUCCUGCGGUGAAUACGACUACAAUCCGUUUGCAUAUGACGUCGCGUGCCUCGGAAACCUUUACAGGAUACAUUUCUCGACCAUAGUACCCACGAUACCUCUCCUCGCGCCCUUGUUUGACAAGAUGACGACACACGUCGCAGCGGAGCGGUUUACCGCGGUCGAAGCUGCCAGCUUUAUCGAAUUCGCAAUCGCCUCGGUCCCGGAACCGGCACUCGUCAUGCUAUUCACUCUGCGAACGGAGUGGGAGUCCUUCGAGAACCCAGACCUGUACUGGGCCCGUACCACCCCCGAGUUCCGCGAUCACUGGGCUCAUUUCAGGGCGCCAAGGUUGCCUUGGAUAUCAUUGUUGUUGAUGCGGCUUUUGGAGUCACCGAAGGGGUGGCCUAUGCUUUGCUUCCACGACGGCGUUGUUGUGCGCCAUCUCGAGUUUAACUACUGCCGAAGACGAAGGCACUUGCAGGCGGCGAGUACGUUGCGCAGUUUGGGCCCUCUCUCGCCCGCCAACGUAUGCGCUGUUCUCCGAGGGCAGGGCAGUGUGCGGCUCCUCACACUCUCCGUCAACACGGGGCUGGAUGCUGGAAAGGACGAUGCUGACGUCGCUACUGUGCUCGUGCGUGCAAUUUCUAUCCUCAAUCAGCUCCGUCGACUCACUGUCAUGAGCGUAUAA